UAAAUAAAAAUAUCGUCUGCCCAUGCCGCGCGAGAGUGGAAACUAGAGCUUCUGUCAACAAUAUUGUGAUACUUAGUUCUUAUUUAUAUAUUUUACUGUCUUAUUAUUACCUUUUCGUAGAUUAUUUUUAUUAAAAUCUGUUUCCAUUAUGUCUUCCAUUAAAUGGUUACCUUUGGAAUCCAAUCCUGAAGUGAUGAAUAAGUUUUUGGAAAAUUUGGGUGUCCCAUUCAAGUGGGGUAUAUCAGAUAUAAUUUCACUAGAUGAGGAGUUCUUGCAUAUGAUUCCAAGUCCAGUGCUUGCAGUCUUGCUUCUCUUUCCUAUUACUGAAAAGUAUCAAGAGCAUUGUGACAAGCAAGAAGAGCUAUUAAAAACUGAAAAGCAAGAUACUGAUCCUGAUGUUUUCUUCAUGCAUCAAACUAUCAGAAAUGCAUGUGGAACUGUGGCUUUAAUUCAUGCUAUUGCUAACAACAUGGAUAGUUUAUGUCUGGAUUCUGAAUCAGUUGUAAAAAAGUUCAUUGAGGAAUCUCGCUCUUUGAGUCCCAGAGAAAAAGCUGAAAUACUUGAGAGCAGCCAGGAAAUUAGUGCUGCUCAUGAAGCUAUGGCUCAACAAGGUCAGACUGAAGCACCUGGUGUGGAUGAUGAAAUCAACUUGCAUUUCAUUGCUCUUGUCAAUGUCAACUCCAAGCUAUAUGAUUUAGAUGGGCGUAAGUCAGUGCCAAUAUGUUGUGGUCCAACUAGUAAAGAAUCUUUCAUGAAGGAUGCUGCUGCAGUGUGCAAAGAGUACAUGGAACGUGAUCCCAAUAAUCUCAACUUCACUGCUUUGUCAUUUGGUGCCCUGUUCUAACUAUCUGAUAGUUAGAGAGCUUGAUCUUCGUUCUUUUUGUUCGUGAAAUUUUUUGUCAGUGAUUUCAUUAUGUUUAUCUUUGUUAUAUUAUUUUCUAAGGUGUUUAAUAUAUCUCUCGAUUGCCACUUAAUCUGAACAUAUGGAUUCAAUAGAUUCUAUGCUCUUUAAACCCUUUGCGCUCGAAACAAAGUUAGGCUAAAAAAAAAAUUGUGUGAAAGGAAAGUAGAAAAGAUUAAUAAUGAAAUAAGGUUAACAGAACUGUUUCAUAAUACGUAGGAUAAAAUAGAAGUUGGCAAAAAAAAAUAUAUAUAUAUAUAUAUAUUUAGCAUAAAUUUGCUACCACUUCAUUACGAUGUUUGUUAUGCCAAAUCUUCCAGCUAAAAGCUGUUUCAGCUCGAAAGCUCUGACUUUUGCAUUGAUUAUUUCUGAUUAUUUAAUGUCACUUCGUUAAAACAAAUGAAUCUUGAGUAAGAAGGGGAAGUUCUCACAAUGACAUAAAGUUAACAGAACAAUUUGCAUAUCUAUAUACAGUUAUUUACAAAAUAUAUUAUUAAUUAUUACAAUAUAAAAAUUUCAACAUUUCUUUUUUCGGUUCUUCUUCAGUAUAAUCGGCACAUCCAAUUCAUAUUUUUUUUCUCUAAUCCUAUUCCAAAGUUUUUAAUAAUGAAAGAUAUAACCCUGCCGCAAACAGCUUAGAGUGGUAACCUAGACUUCCAUACGAGUGCAAAGGGUUUGUGGCCAAUAUCAGUGUCAUUUUUUUAAAUAAGAAAUAACUAUUGAUAUGCUUAAGUGUAUUACCUACUGCUCCAUUUAUGUUUAUGGAAUUAAAAAAAAUAUUUUUUAAUUAUAAAUACUUUUGAAAAAAAUAUCAAAUAUUACAUAUGCAAAAACUUUUAUUUCAAAAACUCCCACGUUUGCAAGCAAACAAAAAAUAAAACGAAAUCUAGUUGAGUUUUCGUGAACAUUUUUAAAAAAAUUUAUUUACGCGUUAAAAAAUAGCUAUUUAUUUUAGCGACUCAUUGACUAAUAGUAUUGAACUUUUAGGUUAUAAAUAAAUAUAAUUUAUUUAUUAUUAAUAAAUUGAUUUAUAAUAAAUAAUGGAAUAAAUAUAGGAAUAUAGAAUUAAAAUAUUACAGUUGCAAAACUUUUAUUUGCAUUAGCAAAAACUUGUUUUUUAUAUACUCAUUUGAAAAUUAUUAUUUUUUAACUUUAUAUGUUGACUGAUAAAAUUUUGAACAAUUAUAAAAAAUUUGUAAAUAAAUAAACUUUUCAGUAUCAUAUAUAUGAACAAAAACAAAUUUAUAAAUACUCAACAAAAUAGAAUACAUAUGCUUACACAGAUAUACAAACAAAGAAGAUAUAUAUAAUUAAAAAAAUUAUUCAAACAUUUUUAUUUCAUAUUUAAAAAUGAAGUUUUUUUUCCAACAGCAGUAGGGAAAUAAUUUCUACAUUGCAUUAAGUGUUGUAUGCUUUUGUUGCUUCUGUAACAAUGUUUGUAUUUCUACUGUUAACUGCGUUUGUGCGACUCAUUCCUGCUAUCUUUAUUAAUUCUUUUAUGCUACUAAUUUUUUUAGUGUUAUUUUAUGCUGCAUACGUAGUAUGUGGCUUCAGUGAUAGUAAAAUAACGCAAAAACAUAAAGCUCAAAUUAACAAGUUCAAAAGACGUGUAGUAUUAUAGCCACCAACUCUACUGGAUUUCCUAGUUUCUCCUGGUGUACUGGUUUAAUAAAAAUUCUCCUGGUUUUAGAAUAUUCCCUAAAAUUGAGUAAGUUUCCUAAAAAAUAACUCCAUUGAAAUAGAAAUGUUACCCUAUUUAUUGCUUGCUUGAAUAUUUAAAUAAAUAUUACUAUUACACAAUGAAACUAGCCUCAUUUAUAAUAAUCAUUUUAAAGCUUUUUCUUAUCCUUUUAUUUAUUUACUUAUUUAUUUCUUGUUCAAAAAUGUGCAUUUUACGCCAAUCAGAAUUGGAAAAUAUUUCAGACCAUUUAUGUUAUCAGUGUGCUAAAGUUUUGUAUUUCGAUGACUAUAAAAAUCCCUAAAAUUCCCUUUGUUUAAAAUAUUUAGUAUAUUAUGCAAGAGUUGAAAUGAAAUUUAUAUUAUUUCGUAAAAUCUACUGGAUUUUUUCCUAUCUAUAUUGGCAGCUAUGUAGUAUGAAUACACAUUGUGUUUACACACAUGAUUCUUUUAUAGUCUCGAAACUACUGUUUGUCUUUCGACCUUGUUUAUUUGUAGAUUUUGGGUUAUUUUAUAAUUUUUUACUCAAUGUGUAAACCUACUUAACAUUUACAUUUGCUUUAAGACAUUUGUUCUUCAAUAUAUUUGAAUAUAAGUUUAUUUAACUACUAUACAUAUAUACUAACUACUAUAUAUUUUCAAUGCUCAAUGGUAAACCUUUGUUAACUCUUUGUACUUGAAGUACUUUAAACAGCUAAUUUAAAUGAUGACUACUUAUAUUUUAUAAAACACAACUUAUUGUUUCUGCGCUUAACAUCCAGUGGGCCACUAAAUAACUGGUGCAUUUUAUAUGUGGUGACCUUAACUCCACCUUUCAAGGGCAAGGUUUAUAAUGCUGUGGAUUUAUUGAAAAUUAUUUGUCUUAAAUCUCUUGUCUGAAUACCUUCGUUUUGCAUGAUUUGUUUAGGAAUGUUGUCGCCAUUUGUAAUGUUAUUGUGUAACUAUGCUGUAUUGCAAGUGUUUGUACUCCAUAUUUUGUACGUUUUUUUAUUCUACUUGAUGUUGAGCAAAAUAUGAAAUAAAGUUAUUUCAGAAA